AUGUCCGUACAGGAAUUAACGAAGAAACGAACUAUUAUAAAAACGAAGGUUACAACGUUCCAGACAUUCUUGAAAAAGCUUGAUAUAGAUACGUCCAACGCUCAGGAAUUACCAUUAAGGUUAGAACGUGCGGAGAAAUUGUUAUCCGAGUAUGAUGAGGUUCAGUCACACAUCGAAGAGUUGACCGAUGUAGAUACAGAGGAACGUACGAAAUUCGAGGAUACAUUUUACGCUACAAUACUUUUAGGAAGGAACACAGCGACUAGGUUAAGUCCGAGCACGUCAAAGGAAUUAACAGCGCCGGCAGCUAUCGAUAUUACAACACAUAUAAAUUCAUUGUUAAAAUUACCUGAUUUAAAGUUGCCGACUUUUAAUGGUGAGUACGAUCAAUGGAUCACGUUUCGCGAUACAUUUGAAGCUAUUAUUGAUUCUAAUACAAGUUUGUCAAAGAUUCAAAAGUUUUAUUAUCUGCAGUCAGCAGUUAAAGUACAUCACCAUAUCCAAGCGGUCUUUGAAUUGCCAGUUCUCACAAAGGAAUCUUGCAUCAACAUGAGAAAAUUAAUUGACGACAUACAACAACACACGGUUGCAUUAGAAAAGCUCGAACAAUCGGUUCAGUCCUGGGAUACAUUGUUAAUUCAUUUGCUCACGCCUAAACUCGAUGUUAAGACAAAACGAGAAUGGGAAUUUAAAAGAGAAUUUUCGGAACUACCAAGUAUGAAGGAAUUCAUCGAUUUUCUGAAUAAACGUUGUUCAAUUCUCGAGACAUUAUUGUCUAACCAAUUAAAGGAUACUUCAUCGGCUAAUACGAAAUCGCAGAAAAAAUCUGUAAGUUUAACUGCGCAAUCUUCCGUCGAGAAGCAAUGUCCACUAUGCAAAAACUCACAUUGGCUAUAUGCAUGUCCAUCAUUUCGUAAAUUAUCGAGCAACGAAAGAUUGCGAGAAGCGAAACGAUUGAAAGUUUGCUUGAAUUGUUUACGUUCUCAUCCUGAACGUGAAUGUACUUUCGGUAGUUGCCAACGAUGUAAGCGUCGACAUAAUACAAUGUUACAUCUUGACAAUGAUAAUUCACAGAUUAAAUCAAUCGAUAAUGAACAAAGGGAAGUCCCAAAUAAGAAAACCGAAGACGAUUCUGUGGUACGAACUAGCACUACUGCCACGACGUCGCAUUGUACCAAUAAAGGUGUAGUGCACUCUCUGUUAUCCACAGCAAUAGUUCUUGUACGCGAUCAUAACGGUUACUAUCAAGAAUGUCGAGCCUUACUCGAUUCCGCGUCUCAGAGUCAUUUUAUGACAGAGGAGUUAUGUUUACAACGAUUACAAUUAAAUACUUUUAAAACAAAUCAUUUAAUUAAUGGUAUCGGUCAAACAAGCGUUUUUGUGAAUGACAGAGCCACUACCGUUAUGAAAUCAAAAUAUAACGAAUAUAAUACAGAAUUAUCCUGUUUCGUAGUAGAUUCGAUUACUGGUACGCUACCGCCAGACAAAUUCGACGUAUGUCAAUUCACGAUUCCCAAGAACAUUUUACUAGCUGAUCCGAAGUAUAAUAUUCCUGCUAAAAUUGAUUUGUUAAUCGGUGUUACACUGUUUUAUAAUUUACUGCAGGAAAGGCGCAUCAGUUUAGACAAUAAUCAACCGGUAUUGCAAGAAACUAAGUUAGGUUGGAUUAUUGGUGGCGCAUUCGUGCCCUGCAGGUCCUCGAGUCAAUUUACAAAAUCAAAGCCUUAUACUAAAGAAGAGCAGCUAUGCGAGGACAAUUUCGUGUCAACCCAUCAACGUGAUGAAAAUGGAAGAUUCAUCGUGCAAUUGCCACUGAAGAGUCCAAUAUCAUCACUCGGAAAGUCGCAAGAAAUUGCGGAGAGACGUUUACGGUCCGUAGAAAGAAAACUUCACAAGGAUGUAAAGCUAAAGGAGGCAUACAUCAGUUUCAUGCAGGAAUACGAGCGAUUGGAUCACAUGAGUGAAAUAAGAGAAGCCGAAGACAAAGCUGAACAUGCGAAUUACCUUCCACAUCACGCAGUCGUUAAGUCAACAAGCAGUACUACCAAAGUACGGGUAGUUUUCGACGCAUCUUGCAAGACGACUUCAGUCCAGACUUUUCGCUUGAAUACUGUUACGUACGGAUUAGCAAGCGCACCUUUUCUUGCCAUAAGAUGUUUACAUCAAUUGGCUUUGGAAUGCCAAACUAAUUUGCCUAAAACCAGUGAAACAAUUAAGCGGGAUUUCUACGUCGAUAACUUGAUAACCGGCGGAAAUGAUUUAAGUCAAUUGAAGAUUCUGAAGGAAGAUAUUACUAACGUUCUACGCAGCGGAUGUUUUGAGUUAUAUAAAUGGAAUUCGAACGAAAAAUCAAUACUCGCUGCUGAGGAGGAAGAAGCGACAGAUUCAGUAAACUUUGAUAAAGAGGUAAACACUUUAGGCCUUAUAUGGAAUACGAAUUCGGAUAUCUUCCAAUACAGGAUCAAUGCGAGGACUCAGCCAUCAAAAUUAACGAAAAGAGUCAUAUUAUCCAUUGUUUCGCAGAUUUUCGACUCGCUCGGUCUGAUCGGACCGAUAACAAUACAGUCCAAACUUUUACUUCAAGAUCUUUGGCGUCUCAAGAUUGAUUGGGACGAUCCAGUUCUCAUCGAAUUACACUCAAAAUGGUCAUAUUUUCAAGACCAAAUACGGUACAUUCCUGAAAUAUUAACUCCUCGACAUGCAUUUAGUAAGGAAUAUAACACUAUGGAGGUACACGGUUUCUGCAACGCUUCAGAAAUCGCAUAUGGUUGUUGCAUUUACAUCAAAACUAUAAAUAGUAGCGGAGAAGCAACGGUUAAUCUAUUAUGUGCAAAAUCAAAGGUUGCACCAUUGAAAAACGUCUCGUUACCAAGAUUAGAACUAUGUGCAGCCCUCUUGUUAGCCAAAUUAUAUCGACAAGUCAUGCAAGCAUUAACAAUAACUCCUGACUCGACAUACUUGUGGAGUGACUCCACAAUCACACUCGCCUGGAUAAAGGGUGAACCAUCACGAUGGGUGCAAUUCGUUGCAAAUAGAGUCACAGAGAUCCAGCAAUUAACCGUCCAAGGAAGAUGGAAUUAUGUAAAUUCAAAAGAAAACUCUGUUGAUAUUAUAUCAAGGGGAAUGAACCCAACUCAAUUAAAGGCCUCUCAUCUGUGGUGGAAUGGUCCUGAUUGGCUAAAGACGACGGAUUGGCCUCUUCCUAAGGAAACCACCAAUAUUAGUGAGGAUCUUCUCGAGGAGCGAAAGUCCACAAAGAUUUUCCAUAGCCAAGUAAAUGAUAGUGACGAGUUGUUCUUGAGAUUUUCAUCUUUGACAAAGUUAAAACGAGUGAUAGGAUAUUGCUUACGAUUCAAACAGAACGUGUUGCAGCCUGACUUGAGGACUGUAGGACCGUUGGCAGUAGCAGAAUUAAAGAAUGCAAUGACGGUUUUAGUCUCAUUAGCGCAGCAUCGCGAUUUUAUCAAUGAUAUACGAAGUUUAAAAUCGUGCGGUCAAAUAAGUAAAACAAGUAAGUUACGUUCAUUAGUUCCGUUCCUGGACGGCCACAACGUGAUGCGAGUUGGUGGUAGGUUAUCGAACGCACCUAUUCCUUACGCUCAGAAAUAUCCAAUUAUCUUGCCGUCAAAACACCCACUAACUCGAUUGAUUAUUGUACACGAGCAUUACAAGCAUUUACAUGCGGGCCCUCAAGCUCUAUUGGCAGCAAUACGCGUACAUUUUUGGCCACUUCAUGCUCGAUGCACCGUGAAGGAUGUACUACGAAAGUAUAUCGUUUCUUUUCGAGCUAAACCUCCAAUGUUACAGCAGCGGAUGGGUGAUUUACCAGCAACACGUAUUAUGACAAGUCGUCCGUUCUUAAACACGGGAAUCGAUUACGGUGGGCCUUUUACUAUAAAGAUAUCACGAAACAAGACUGAUAAGGCACAUAUAUGUAUCUUCGUAUGUUUCACUACGCGUGCUGUACAUCUAGAGUUGGUGGUAGAUUUAAGCACUCUGGCUUUCAUCAGAACAUUGCAAAGGUUUAUAGCACGUAGAGGUAAAUGUGCGAAUCUCUAUUCAGAUAAUGCGAAAAACUUCGUUGGCGCGAACAACGAGCUGCGAGAAGUUGGUGAAGUUCUGCGAAAUCCAGAACAUCAUGCGAAGAUAUCGGAUUUUUUGGUAGAAAAUUCGAUCAACUGGAAUUUAAUCCCUCCACAUUCGCCUCACAUGGGAGGACUAUGGAAAGCCGCUAUUAAGUCCGCUAAAACUCAUCUGCGAAAAAUCAUUCGAACGACGCCUCUUAGUAAUGAGGAAUUAUAUACGCUGCUGGUACGAAUAGAAGCCUGCCUCAAUUCGCGACCUCUCUGUCCAUUGACAGAUGAUGGUAUAGAUUUAGCUGCAUUAACACCAGCUCAUUUUUUGAUCGGCGUGCCUUUGACUUCAUUUCCAGAAGUAGAUGUAUCCAAUGAACCAGUCAAUCGUUUAACCAGACACCAAUUGACACAUAAUUUAUACUGUUCAUCAUCAAUAUCUAUAUCAUCGUCAAUUAUAUGUAGAUGA